AUGUCCGCUACACCCUCUGUCGCACCCGAGUACGACCUGGUCAUCGCCGGCGGUGGUACCUGCGGCCUGAUCGUCGCGUCUCGCAUUGCGUCUGCUGAGCCGAAUUUAUCCAUUCUGGUACUCGAGGCGGGCCCGCCAACUCAAGGCCAGCUCAGCCACGUACAACCUGCUCGCUUCCUCCAUCAUCUCGCACCGACGGCCAACACUGUUCGCUUCCAUGUCGCCGAACCCACACCCGCACUCGGCAAUCGUACAUUUGUCACGCCGGCAGGACAAUGCCUCGGAGGUGGCUCCAGCGUCAACUUCGCCAUGUACACUCGCGGAGCAGCUAGCGACUACGACGAUUGGGAGCAGAUGUACUCCAACCCGGGUUGGGGGUCGAAGGACCUUAUCCCGCUUAUGCAAAAGGCGGAGACGUACCAGAUCAAGAAGGACGCACUCAACCACGGCGAUGCAGGUCCGCUGAAGGUCUCAUGGGGCGGCAAGUACAUCUCGGUCGGCAAGGACUAUCUCGCCACUGCGCGCAAGUUCGACACCGCUCGCUCUACCGGCGACGAGGACACGGAUGUCAACGACCUUGUUACUGUCAACACGUAUGGCCGCUGGCAGAAGUGGAUCAACAAUGAGAACGGCCACCGUUCCGACGUCCCCCAUUGCUACAUCUACAAUCGCGACUUCCCAGGGAUGCACAUUGUGACCGCCACUCACGUACGCCGCCUGACAUUCGACGGGGACAAGGCGACCGGUGUCGAGUUUACGUGGAACAAGAAGUUCCUCCCAGACGCUGAUACCGACGUACAUACCGUGCGCGCGAAGAAGCUCGUAGUCGUCUCUACAGGCACGUUCGGUUCACCCGGUGUUCUCGAACGCUCCGGCGUUGGACGCGCAGACGUUCUCAAGAAGAUCGGCGUUCCCAUCAAAGUCGAACUUGACGGCGUCGGCGAGGGUUACCAAGAUCACAACGUUUGCUUCGUUCCCUACCGCACAUCUGAUGACGCCGAUACUCUCGACUUCGUCCUCCGCAACGAGCCGGACAAAAUGGAAGCGGCUGCUCAGGAAUGGCACAAGAACGGCCAAAGCAUGCUCGCUCACAAUGGUAUUGAUGGCGGUGUCAAGAUGCGGCCAACGCCCGAAGAAUUAGAGGCAUUCGGACCAGAGUUUGCGCCUCGUUGGAAGGAGUACUUCCUCCCACGCCCCGAUAAGCCUGUGCUCUGGAUGGGAGAGCUGGCCGUGCUCUUCGGAGACCCGAGUAGCGUCCCGUACGGCAAGUACUUCUGCCUAGGGUACUACAACCAGUAUCCCGCUGCCCGGGGACAUGUUCACGCUACGCACAAGGACGAUGUGUCUGCACCUACGGACUUCCGCCCCGGAUUCCUUGAAAGCAUGGCUGAUGUACGCCCGUUAAUCUGGGGCUACAAGUUUUCGCGCGAGAUUGCGCGACGUAUGGAGGGCUUCCGUGGCGAGGUCAAGGGCCUUCACCCAACGUUCGCAGAGGGUUCGCCUGCUGCGCUCAUCGAGAAGGCGGAAGGUCCUGUACCGUUUGACUCGCCGCGCAUCGUCUACUCUACCGAAGACGAUGCCGCGAUUGAGAAGUACACGCGCGAAUUCGUCUCUACGGCAUGGCAUUCGCUCGGCACAUGCGCGAUGAAGCCGCGCGCAGUGGGUGGGGUCGUCGACAGCAAGCUGAACGUCUACGGGACGCAGGGCGUCAAGGUCUGCGACAUGUCGAUCGUACCUGGGAACGUCGGCGCGAACACGUACUCGACUGCCGUUGCAGUUGGCGAGAAAAGCGCGCUGCUUGUCGCUGAGGCGCUGGGGAUCACAAUCGCGUAG